AUGAAUAAAAAUUUAUUAACACCGUAUCAUUGUGCUCAACAUUUAUCAUCAGGUUUAGUUGAUCAAUCUUGUUUAGCUUUAAUUGAUGAUGAACAUAUAUGGGAUAUGAAUCGUCCAUUAGAACAUGAUUGUAAAUUAAAAUUUCUUCAUUUUAUGGAAGAAAAUUUUUUUAAAUCAAAUUAUAAUGUUGAACUUUGUUCAUUUUCACCACCACAAUUUCAAUAUGGAUCAUUUGCUUAUGAUGUCAAACUUAAUCUUGAAGAUUGGCAACCAAGUCGUGAUGAUUUUAGUUAUAUAGCACAAAGUGUAGCUGAAGAAAUGUUUGCAUAUGAUAGAUUUAAACUUGCACAAAUUCCUCAUAUGCUUCGUUUGAUGUCGCCAUUAGAUACUCAAACAAGUUUAUCUGUUUAUCGAAUGGGUGAUUGUCAUUUUGAUAUAACACGUAGACCAUUAAUAUCAUCAACAAAACAAAUAGGAAAAUUUGAAUUUAGUGCUAUUCAUCAGAUUGAUAUUCCAUCAUAUGGAGAAACAAUGCAAUGUGUUCAAGCACUUUCAAUUCCUUCUCAACUUCACUGA